AUGGAGAAUAUUGCCGAUAACCAUGCAAUAUUAUUUGUCGCCAUUUUCAUUUCUCAUUCGUUUCUUGUAGUCUACCCAAACCAAGACUGCCAUUUUUUUUCUUGCGGAGUUCGUCUUAUCUGUUCCAAUAUCUAUCUAUCUAUCUAUCUAUCUAUUCAUCUAUCUAUCUAUCUAUCUAUCUCAGUCUAUUCCUAUCUAUCUAUCUAUCUAUCUAUCUAUCCCAAUCUCUUCAUCCCUAUCUAUCUAUCUAUCUAUCUAUCUAUCUAUCUAUCUAUCAUCUAUCUAUCUAUCUAUCUCAUCCUGUUCCAAUGUAUCUAUCGACGACAGACUAUCCCAUUAGUUCUCAAGCCGCCGGUCGUAAACACGACCUACGAACUCGCUAAUUUCUCACUAUCAACCUCCAGUGACACAACCUCUCGCGUAAUGAAUGGCUUCUUUGCCUCCUUGGCACACUCCACCGCUUUCUUGUCCUCCACCCCCAUCUCUUGCCCACUCUCUUUCAGUCUCCUUCUUUCUAUUUCCCUUUUCUUUCUCUAUCCUUCUCACACUCAUUAUUUUUUCUAUCUUCUUUCUUCCUCCCUGUUUUUGUCUCUGGCUCUCUUCCUCUCUUUACCUGUUAGUUUUUUUUCUCUCUCUUUCUAUCCCUCUCUCAAUGUCUCUUUAUAUCCUAUCUCUUCCUUGUUCACCCCCUUCUCUUUUCCUCUCUCUCUCUCAUUCUUGAUCUAUCUAUCUAUCUAUCUAUCUAUCUAUCUAUCUAUCUAUCUAUCUUUUGAAUCUUUUUCCCACCCCCUUUCCCUCUCCUAG